CGGUUGUUAUAAAAAUCAUUGCAGAGUUAUCUUGAUCUAACUCUAUUUAAUUAAAAUAAUAAUUUUAUCCGUUCAAUUCCGGGGAAAUCAUUUUGGCUGCUGGUAACAUUGUUAAUAUCUCCCCGCCUGUCACAGAUGAUCGUCGGACGGACACCCCUCCAAUCGUUUGAAAGCACAACCACUCGACUUUGCUUUGGACGUGGGCGAUACCAAAACACAACGUACCUCAUGUUCGCGUGUUUAUUUAUAAUAUUCAAAAACACUGACUGAAAAGUAAUUGCUUACAUUAUUUAUUACCAGCUAAUAGUGUUCCGUGAAUAACAGUGACAUUCGGUGAAAAUAUCAAAUUGUAUUGUGUUUAAAACUUUAUAUUACCUGCCUAUUGAAUUUUCGUGAAAAUGACGGCCUCUACGAUGAUCGAACUGGAAUCCUGGAUCAUCUACCAGUGUGUCCUGAACGAGUGCCACGUGUCUAGCUGAGCUGACGACGAUUCUCGUUGAUAACAACGAAGUUUACUUUUGAUUUGUCUCCAUGGUUUCUACUUCAAUGGACGGCGGCGCGUGGUGCGCCCGCGACAUCUCGCUGCGCGCGCAGAAGAAGUUCUUGUCGCGCGUCGGCGGCUCGGCCAGCGCGCGCGCACUCGUGUUAGACGAGCAUGCUGCCAAGCUCCUCGACCAGUUCCUGUGCGUGCUGCGGUCGCGCGUGGAGAAGCGCGAAGCGGAGAAGAUGGUGAAGCACGUGAUCAAAGCGGCAGUGAAGCUUGGCGUGCUGCGGCGGCACUCUCAGCUGCUGUCCGCGGACGACCGCGCGCUCGACGCCUUCCGGGCCAAGUUCCACACCGUGCUGAUGGCUGUGGUAUCUUUCUGCGAAGUGGAGUUCUCGUAUGACCGCGAGUUUCUUCAGGAUGCUCUUCGCGAGUCGCAUCAGUCGCUAAAAUCAGUGGUGGAACGCCACCUCUCCGACAAGUCCGUGUCCCGGCUGGCGGGGGUGUUCGCGCUCGUCUCCCGCGCCGACCUACUCGACUCGCUGUUCGCCGGACAAGUCGACGAGGACGUUCUCAAACUAGCACGCAUGCUUCGCAAGGAACUCGACCGUGGCCUCCUAUAAUCAAACCGUCCCAAAGGUCUGUGUCCAAUUUUCUGCGGGAAUCUUCCCGAAUCGUCGUUUCUUCAGACGACUGUGGGAUCAUGUUAUCCCCACAAAUGGGGAUUUGGUUUUCUAUAAGACGAAUUUUUUGCACUGUAGUGUAUCGUUGCGAGUGGAGUUCGCUGCUUAGCGAAAGGUUCUCUCUAGAUAAUUCUGUUAACACUUUUCGUACGAUUGGUGUCUAGAACCAAUCAAAUUGUAGCAGCUUACUUCACAUCGAUGACAUGACAUUGCUACACUGAAUAGAUCUUGCUUGAGCCUAAUCUCAAUAAUUUAUAUGUUAUUUUUUACACGAUUUCUUAUUUUAUAUUGAUUUUUAAGUUUUAUACUCACUGCUUGAAUUCAUUGUAAGUUUGAGCGAAAAGUAAUAAGUAAUUAAAUUAAAAUUUUGCCAUUAUUUAUCAUCUUGUCAACAUCGAACAUUAGAACGAAAUUAUGAGUGCAUUUAUAUAUUUACUGAAACCUGAAUACUCAUAAAAUAUUUUUACAGGCCAUUUAGUCUCAUAGAUAUCAAAAGGCUAUGCAUAAAAUAAUUUUGUACCGAUUACACCCGAUUUUGUACAUCACCCAAUCAUUUUCAGUCAUUGAAAUCCGUAUUACGUUGGUAUAUUAUGCAUAUCUUUUAGAUAGGUUGUAAUUUCUGUCGGCGGUUUCACUUUAACAUAUCUCUUGUAAGAAAAAUUAACGGAUGAAAAUUAAAAAAAGGUUUUUUGCGCUCUCUGACCUUUUCUGAUCUGGCUUGAAAAACUUUCCAAAUUCUUCGCGAGUCCCAAGCAAUGAAAGAUUUUUAUGCAUAUGCAUUCGCCUACAAUUUAAUUCAAUCCAUUGUGUAACGAAAGGGGCUUAUACAUUUUUAUGGAUAACUUUCAUUUCGUUACACAACGGAACUGCGAAUAUCUUGAAAGACUUUUUUAAAUCAAGGCUUGCCGUAUCGUUUGCCAGUAUUCUAACAUGACGUAGGUAGUGUAAGUUUAUAAAAUGACAUUAAUAAUAGGUAUAAUUGUUUUGUAUGCUGUAUAAUUUAUUAGUUAUAUAUUGUGAUGUCGGUUUGUUGAAUGGUUUGAUGUGAAUUAAGGUUAGAAUGCAUUUAAUAGCUGUACCUAAAUGUGAUUAUAAUGUUUAUCGGCGUUAGUUUUAUCGGAUUUAUGUUAGAAUUUAAGACCAGUUACCAGAUAGCCUUAAACAUGACAUAAACUGAACUGAAAUAACGAAAAUGUCUAAGUUAUCUGAAAAUAAUUUAAUUGUAUAUUUUAAUUUAAUAACAAUACCUAAUUAUAA